CCACGUCUCCCGGAAGAGUAGCUGGGCCGUGGCAGGGCCUUAGCAGGUACGGGACGCCUUUACACAGCUUGGCCCUUUCCCGGCCGGCAGCUGAGUGGGGUGGACCGGGAGGACGUGGAGGCCGCAGUGCGGCCGCUGCAGAGUCCUCAGGUUUGCCAAUAGGGUUCCUCUGCUGCCGUCAUGUCUUGGUUCGCCGAUCUUGCUGGGAAGGCAGAGGACCUUUUAAACCGCGUCGACCAAGGGGCUGCGACAGCCCUCAGCAGGAAGGAGAACAUCAGCAGCAUCAUAUACAGCAAAAACACUGACUGUCCUGAGCUUCACCAGCAACAUCCAGGUUCGACUCAUCAGGCUGGAUCUAAAGCUGAUUAUAUUUCCUCGGCAGCUGAUAACAUUAGGAAUCAGAAAGCCACCAUCUUAGCUGGAACCACAAAUGUGAAAGCCGGACCUAGGGCGUCGGUGGAGGCUUCCCAUCCUGUUGAGAACUCAUCCGUGCCUCGGCCUUCUUCCCAGUUUAUCCGGAGAAAAAAGUCGGAACCUGAUGACGAGCUGCUGUUUGAUUUUCUUAACAGUUCAAGGAAGGAACCUGCCGGGAGGGCGGAAAUCAGAAAAGAGAGGGGCAAGACACCUGUUCUUCAGAGUUCUCAGACGACAGGUGUCAGUGCUGCGAACACCAGCGUAACUACCACCAACAGAGCCACUGACGAAAGUCCCUCUGGGAGCCAGAGCCAUGAAGCCUCCAGCAAUUCAGAUUCGGGCCACGAGAUCCAGGAGGGUUCUUCGAAGGAAAACGCGCCAUCAGACGCUUCCUGUGCUGAUCACCACCCGCAGCCCGCUGAUGACGGCAAAUCGCACGAGCUGUCCAACCUCCGGCUGGAGAACCAGCUGCUGAGGAAUGAGGUCCAGUCCUUAAACCAAGAAAUGGCCUCGUUACUUCAGAGAGCCAGGGAAACUCAAGAAGAAUUAAACAAAGCAAGAGACAGGAUUGAAAAGUGGAAUGCUGACCAUUCCAAGAGUGACCGAAUAACUCGAGAACUCCGAGCCCAAGUGGAUGACCUGACGGAAGCAGCGGCCGCCAAGGACUCCCAGCUGGCUGUCCUGAAGGUGCGACUCGAGGAGGCCGACCAGCUGCUGAGGACUCGCACGGAAGCGCUAGAAGCCUUGCAGAGCGAAAAGUCACGAAUCAUGCAGGAUCACAGCGAAGGGAGCAGCCUGCAGAACCAAGCUCUGCAGACCCUCCAGGAGAGACUGCACGAAGCCGAGGCCACGCUGAAGAGGGAGCAGGAGAGCUACAAACAGAUGCAGAGUGAGUUUGCUGCACGCCUGAACAAAGUGGAAGUGGAACGGCAGAGCCUGGCCGAGGCAGUGACGCUGGCAGAGCGAAAACACUCGGACGAGAAGAAGAAGGUCGAUGAGCUGCAGCAGCAAGUCAAGAUGCACAGGACCAGCCUGGAGUCCUCCAAGCAGGAGUUAAUUGACUACAAGCAAAAAGCUACUCGAAUACUCCAAUCUAAAGAAAAAUUGAUUAACAGCUUAAAGGAAGGAUCUGGUUUUGAAGGCCUGGACAGCAAUACUGCGAAUAGCGUGGAGCUAGAAGAACUUCGUCAUGAAAAGGAGCUGCAGAGGGAAGAAAUUCAGAAGCUGAUGGGUCAGGUACAUCAGCUGCGGUCUGAGUUGCAGGAUAUGGAGGCUCAGCAGGUUAGUGAAGCAGAGUCAGCAAGAGAGCAGUUGCAAGACCUGCAAGACCAAAUAGCUGGACAUAAGGCAUCUAAACAAGAACUAGAGGCAGAGUUGGACCGACAGAAGCAGGAAUUCCGUUACAUGGAAGAAGAUCUGUAUCGAACAAAGAACACGCUGCAGAGCAGGAUUAAAGAUCGAGAAGAAGAAAUUCAAAAACUUAGGAAUCAGCUUACCAAUAAGACCUUAAGCAACAGCAGUCAGUCUGAGUUGGAAAGCCGACUCCACCAGCUGACAGAGACACUCAUCCAGAAGCAGACCAUGCUGGAGAGUCUGAGCACGGAGAAGAACUCGCUGGUCUUCCAGCUGGAGCGCCUGGAGCAGCAGAUGAAGUCCGCCACCGGCAGCGGCAGUAACGGGCCUUCCAUUAAUAUGUCCGGAGUGGACGCCGGUGAAGGCACGCGUCUGCGAAACGUCCCUGUUCUUUUCAACGACACAGAGACCAGCCUGGCUGGGAUGUACGGGCGAGUCCGCAAAGCCGCCAGUUCCAUCGACCAGUUCAGCAUCCGUCUGGGGAUUUUCCUCCGAAGAUACCCCAUAGCACGAGUCUUUGUCAUCAUAUACAUGGCUCUGCUUCACCUCUGGGUCAUGAUCGUUCUGCUGACGUACACACCGGAGAUGCACCACGACCAGCCACACGGCAAAUGAGCCGAGUCCCGUCGUCGCAGUGACGGGUCGCUGUUUUCCGAACAUGGGUCCGCACAAAGGUCAAUUGCUCAAGUCCCUGAGGAGGGCGCGCAAGAUUGUUUCAUCACUACAAGCUUUUAACUUUUUAAGUUAUUACACAAGGACUCUGCUACUUAAAUCUGCCUCUAAUUUCCUUCCAAUGGUAAGAGUUUCUAAGAGAGACAGUGUGACGAGGUCAGCGCCGCUGUUCAAGGCCGGUGGCUCCAUGCGUGCGUGCGUGUGUGUGUGUGUGUGUGUGUGCGCGCACACGCACCUGAGCAUGCACGCACAUGGAGACACGCGGUCGCUCGCCUCUGUGCAGACCGGCCUGUAUGUUAGGUGACACUCGUUAUGGGUGAAAAUCAGGGAAAUUAAUUGUAUUUAGUAAUAUAAAUAAAAUGUUUGCUUUUUGAUAA